AUCGAUACUAUCGAGAAAGAAAAGUCGGAGGACAAGGGACAUCUCUAGACAGUAGUACAGUACUCAAUAGGCACCAACUUAUUUAGUAGUUUUAAAAUUAUUUUAAAUACGUCCAGCGUGUGGACGGACGUGCUCAAAUUAUUUGGUAAUUAAAAAAAAUAAUAGAAACUAAAAUGGAAAACGGCAAGAAACUAUCUUCGGAGUAUUUUAACCUUAAGGAAAUGCCUCACAUUGUAAAAACACUAGAUAGAAAUCCUAAAAUUCAGGAAAAUGUAUUAAACGUAAUUGGUAAUACACCACUCGUAAAACUAUCGAAAAUACCAAAGGAAGAGGGCGUACAAUGUGAAAUGUAUGCAAAAUGUGAGUUUUUAAAUCCUGGGGGUUCAGUGAAAGACCGCAUAGCUUAUAGAAUGGUUUUGGAUGCUGAGAAGAAGGGAAUAUUGAAACCUGGAAAAUCGGUGAUUGUUGAACCAACUUCUGGAAACACUGGAAUUGGACUAGCUUUAGCAGCAGCUGUGAGAGGAUACAGAUGUAUUAUUGUGCUACCGGAAAAGAUGUCAGAUGAAAAGGUGAACACGCUCCGUGCAUUGGGUGCAGAAAUCAUCAGGACUCCGACCGAGGCAGCUUCUGAGUCCCCCGAUAGUAACAUCAUGGUUGCAAGACGUUUGUCCAACGAAAUACCUGAUGCUGUACUCUUAGAUCAGUACAAUAAUGUGUGCAACCCGUUAGCUCAUUAUGAUGGCACCGCUGAAGAAAUCCUAUGGUCGCUUGACAAUGAUGUGGAUAUGGUGGUGAUAGGAGCUGGAACUUGUGGGACAAUCUCCGGGGUCGCACACAAGAUCAAGGAAAAAUGUCCCAAAUGUGUAGUUGUUGGAGUGGACCCCUAUGGAUCAAUUCUGGCUCAGCCUGAAGAGUUAAAUGAGAGUGAUGUAAUGGUGUAUGAGGUGGAAGGUAUUGGAUAUGAUUUCUUGCCGAAGGCUCUAGACAGGACGGUCAUUGACAAAUGGGUGAAGACGGAAGACAAGACCUCACUGAACAUGGCCAGGAGGUUGAUCAAAGAGGAAGGACUGCUAUGCGGAGGUAGCAGCGGGUCCGCGAUGUGGGGAGCCAUUCAAGCGGCGAAAUCUCUUAAAGCAGGUCAAAGAUGUGUGGUUCUAUUACCAGACAAUAUACGUAACUAUAUGACGAAAUUCAUCUCUGACCAGUGGAUGGAGGCCCGCGGUUUCAAGCCAUACGAUAAUAACGAGAAACUGUGGUGGUGGAACAAUCCUCUGACUGAAGAUUUAGUUCAAGUAACCAAGAGCUUGUCACAAGACAGUACAACUUGUGAAGCUGUAGCAGCUUUGAGAGCAAAUAAAUCCACUCUCCUUACUAUUGUGAAUGACAACGGAUCAAUCAGUGGAAUAUUUAGCGGAGACAACGCCAGACGGAGACUGGCUCAUUUGUCAGGAUCCACAGAAGAGCCUCUUGAUAAAUUUACAGUAAAGAAGUUUUACAAAGUGGACCUCUCUGACAGUCCAACGCUGGGCAGUGUAUCGAGAAUACUGGAUAUAGCACCUUAUGUUGUGGUUGUCAAAACAGAUGGUGAAAAACAUGUUCAAAAGCCAGUGGGAUACAUAACAUCUGAAGACUUAUUGGAAUAUGUCACAGAUAAAAAACACAAGAUGAACGGGAAAUGAAAUAUAGAGAGGAAAACAUAUUGAAAGAUUAACUGAACAAAUAACAUAAUGACUUAAAUAUUUUCAUAUUCAUGUUUAUUGUAUAGAAUUCUCGAAGUGGCCUUAAAUUUUUGAAAUGUACUGAAUGUAGUAUAUACGAUCGCAUGACAUAUAUUUUUAAAUGUAAAGGACAUUUUGAAUAUUUUGCAUUAUUAUGAAGAAUAAACAUUUACCAUCCUCCCAAUAGUAGUGAAAUUUACAAAAAUUAUUUAAUAAUUAUAUUGUUUUAACUAUAAUAUUAAUUAUUGUACCUUCAUAAUAAAAAUUGGUACUGGUUC